GCGGCAGCGGCGGCGGCGGCGGCGGCAGUUAGAGCGCGGGGUGGGGGGUGGGGGGAGGGAGAGCCCUGCCGGCGGCGGCAGCCCAGGCUCCGGACUCGGGGAGAGCGAGCGAGAAGUAGGAGCAGGAGGAGGAGGAGAGAAAGCAGAAGGAAAGGAAGGAGGAGGAAGAGGAGGAGGAGAGGACUGGGGAGGCGCUCUGGUCGCAGUCAGUGGGCAGCGGAGACGCGGCAUGCCCCUGGCAGGGGAGAGCCGGCUGUCCUCGGCGGGGCCAUGGGGACCCGCGCUCUGACUAUGCCUGGGUGAGAGGAGCCGCGCCAGCCGCCCUGCCGCCUCCACCAUCACCUCCUGCACUCAGCUCACCGCCGGCCACCAGCCCCAGCCUCCGACUGACUCUCUCUCUCUCUCCCUCUCUGCAUUAUUGUUUCCCCCUCUACAGAAGAUGGGGUCGGCUGAUGAUUAGGUCGGAAGCAAGUCAGAUCUUCCUCCAAAGCCUGGUAAUAUUUAUGUAGGCAAAGAGAGAGAGCGAGAAAAGAGGGAGAGGGAGAGGGAGAGAGAAGAAACUGGAGGAGGGGAUAAGGAAAUUCAACCCUCUAAGUCAAUGCAUGUUGUGGUGACACCGGCACAGGAGCCCUCACGGUGGAGUCGGCCAGGGCUGUGCGUUCCCAAAAUAUGACCAGGGGUGCUUGGAUGUGUCGGCAGUAUGACGACGGCUUAAAAAUCUGGUUGGCAGCACCCCGGGAGAACGAGAAACCGUUCAUCGAUUCAGAGAGGGCUCAGAAAUGGCGACUGUCUCUGGCAUCUCUCUUGUUUUUCACAGUCCUGCUCUCUGAUCACUUGUGGUUCUGCGCCGAGGCCAAGCUGACCCGGACCCGGGACAAGGAGCAGCAGCAGCAGCAGCAGCAGCAGCAGCGGCAGCAGCAUCAGAGGCAGCGGCAGCAGCGGCAGAGGCAGCAGGAACCCUCCUGGCCCGCGCUCCUGGCGAGCAUGGGGGAGUCCUCGCCCGCCGCCCAGGCACACAGACUCCUCUCCGCCUCCUCGUCCCCCACCCUGCCCCCCUCCCCCGGAGACGGCGGCGGCGGCGGCGGCAAGGGCAACCGAGGCAAAAACAACCGGGGCAAGGCUCUUUUUCUAGGAAACUCUGCCAAACCCGUGUGGCGCCUGGAGACUUGUUACCCCCAGGGCGCCUCCUCGGGCCAGUGCUUCACGGUGGAGAGCGCGGACGCCGUGUGCGCCAGGAACUGGAGUCGGGGGGUGGCGGCCGGGGGGGAGGAGCAGCAGGUGAGGGGGACGCAUCCAACUCCGCUCUGGAACUUGUCGGAUUUUUACCUUUCGUUUUGUAAUUCCUACACACUUUGGGAGUUGUUCUCGGGGUUGUCCAGCCCCAACACUUUGAACUGUAGUCUGGAUGUGGUGCUCAAGGAGGGCGGUGAGAUGACCACUUGCAGGCAGUGCAUCGAGGCUUACCAAGACUAUGACCACCACGCUCAGGAGAAAUACGAAGAGUUUGAAAGCGUGCUCCAUAAAUACUUACAAUCGGAGGAGUACUCGGUGAAAUCCUGCCCUGAGGACUGUAAGAUUGUCUACAAAGCCUGGCUGUGUUCCCAGUACUUUGAAGUCGCACAGCUUAACUGCAGAAAGACAAUUCCUUGCAAGCAAUACUGUUUGGAGGUUCAGACGAGAUGUCCGUUCAUAUUGCCCGACAAUGACGAAGUCAUCUACGGGGGACUCUCCAGUUUCAUCUGUACAGGGCUCUACGAAACCUUCCUAACCAAUGAUGAACCAGAAUGCUGUGACGUCAGGAGAGAAGCAACACCCCGCAACCCCUCCGCUGGGCGGGUGGACAGAGGCGGCCCCUGCCCCAGGACGUCGCCCCCAGCCUCCUCGGCCACCAGACUGUGCCCCAGCAGACUCAGACUGUGCGUCCUCGUGCUGAUCCUCCUGCACACGGUCCUCACGGCCUCGGCCGCGCACAACGCCACGGCGCUGGGCCUCGGCGGCAUCCAGGCGCUGGACGAGCGCUCGGCCAGCGAGGAGUAGGGACCUGGGACCCCGGAGCAUCCGGCCCGCCCGCCGCCGCGCCGCGCGCUGCUGUCCCACGUCACAGCCUGGGUGCUCCCACCUGCCCACCCCUGCCUGCGGGGCCUGGAGGCAGAACUAAGAGAGGAGCGUGAAUCCAAACACGGACACACACACACACACACGCACGCACGCACACACACACACACACACACAGCUUUUUAUGGACUAAAAGGCUGGGAAGUGACUUCAAUUUCUCACACCAUUUUAUACACUGUGUUUUAAUGUUUGAAGGUUUUAGUUGCUUUCCUUUUGAUUUGAGUUUAUCUGUUUGUUUCGUUUUUGCACUUGUUACUACAGGAUUUAUUUGGGGGGACGGUUUCUCAGAGGUAAACUAAGUCUUUUCACUGUCUCUCUCUUUCUCUCUCUCUAGAUAUAUAUAUUUCUAGUCAUCGUGUGUGUUCAUCAGAUAGUUCUGUUUCAUGUCCUGUCAGUUUCUAUUAGCGGAAUGACAGCUAUGACCUCGCGGUAUAGCAAAAAACAACAACAACAAAAAAAAUCAUAAAAAGUAAAAAAGACCAAAAAAAAAAAAAAAACCAACAAAAAAUAACAAUAAAAAAACUCCCCUUCUGCCUAUGGAACCCACACCCUUCCCGCCCACCCUGGCCUCCCUCCCCAGCACAUGACAUCCGCUUGCUUCUGUCCUUGUCGCCGCCGUGAGUGGGCACUGUGCACGCUCUGCUGGGCCUCUGAGCCGCUGUUGCACAAACUCGCAACGGAGCAGAACGGGGGGCCCUUUCUAGCUGACAAAUAAGUGCUCUCCAUAGCAGGUGGAAUCCGUUGACGCAUCUUUAUGUUGAAAUCAAAAGCUAAGAAAACUACCAUGAACUCAGUUGGUCCAGCUUCCCCUCCGAGGGCCCAGGCCUUCCCCUGGUCUGUGGCUGGGAGCAGCCAGCCAGGAAGGGGAAGUGAGAAGGUGAGGACCUUAAGCCCAUGGGUGCUGGGCUUUCCUUGGGAUUUCAGUUCAGGUGCAGGAAUACAGGAGGGCUUUCUGGCCAUUGUCACUGGAACAGGGGACUCAGGAUGCAAAUCUGGACUUCUUUCUCCUCCUCUAUUUUGGAGGGAACAGUGGAAGUGCUCAAAACACCUGCAGCAUACAGAAUCUGGACCAUUCUACCCCAGUAUUCCCCCACAUAUGGUUUUUAUUUACUCCAGGUAUAAAAGGUAUGCAAUUUUGCAUUAUCAAAAAGAACUUCUUUUCAAAAAAUAGGUUAGCCAUUUUCAUUCAAGUGCAAAAACUGUAUCACUCUCACAUGCUCUAGAUAAUUGAAGACAAGAAGAGAAAGCUGAUCGCUCUGUAUCUUUUCUUCUUGUGGGGCCAUUUCACCUGCUGAGUGUCUAUGAAUUUGCUUUCUUACAAAAAAAAAAAAGGCUUUUAUGAGUUUACAGUAGAAUCAGUGGAAAGAAGAGUUAAUAAGGGCUGUUUUUAAAACAAACAAACAAAACAAAUAAUUACAAAAAAAAAAAAAACCCACUUCACAUUCCUUACUUUUCUCUCACUACACUUGGGAACUGCACUCCAGGUAUGUUUGCUUUGUAGCUGGGCGAUGAGGAAAACUGUGGAAGAGAGAGGUCCUCUUAGCGAACAAAAUUUAGUUCUUAAGUUUGUAGCUAUGAAAUUCCCCCAGGCAUUUGUUUUUGUUCAAACAAACUUUAAUCUCUGCAUCAUUCCUAACUCUGCAACACGCGUACAGUAUGCAUAUUUUGUUUUGAAUAAAAAAAAACCCUGUUUUGUUCCAGUCUGUUAAGAAUAUUCAAAAAUAAUAAAGGUAUUGCUUAAUAAAA